UGGUCAAGACAUGUCCUGACCCCUGUUUAUCUAAAGCAAUCGAUGGGCCACUCUGGCUUUGCACCAGACUUUAUUGACACAUACUCGGCUGGUGCGCUGUUGUGUGUGUGUGUUUUUUGAGUGGCUGUGAUAUAAGACUGGAAUGAAAGACCUUUACCUCCUCUCUGUUUUGCUGAGCAGGCUGUUUUCCAGUGGUUCCCUAGGCGUGCCUCACUUCAGUGAGCCAGUGGAUGUGCACACGUGAAGGCGAGAGUGUGGCUGUCAAGAGGGAGCUUUCGUCAAAAGAAUUAAGUCACGUGCUACCAGCCGUGUUGAUGCGACGGCUCACAGCCGAGCCAACGAUGCCGACGAAGAAUCCGUUGGUCGUGCAGAGAUGGGAAUGAUCGGUCGCCGGAUAAUCGCUGUUUACUCUGCGUUACUUCAGAAGCCGAGACAGUGUCUGAUGGGAGUCCGUCCCUUCCAGCUGCCAAAUGUUGAACCGUUGUGUGAAGUGUGUGCUGCGGUACAUUGCAAUGUCCUGUGAAAAGAUGAAUGUCAUCAAAGAAAACAAAGACAUGGCAUGUUUCUACACCACCAAACACUCCUGGAGGGGAAAGUACAAGCGAGUCUUCUCGGUGGGGACGCAUGGCAUCACCACUUACAACCCGACCACGCUGGAAGUAACGAAUCAGUGGCCUUAUGGGGACAUCUGCGGCAUCGGCCCAGUAGGAAAAGGUCAGGGAACCGAGUUCAACCUCACAUUCCGCAAAGGCAGCGGCAAGAAGUCCGAGACACUCAAGUUCUCCACCGAGCACCGGACCGAGCUGCUCACGGAAGCUCUGAGAUAUAGAACAGAGUUUUCAGAGGGUAAAAUAACUGGCAGGCGUUACAACUGCUACAAGCACCACUGGAGUGACACGCGCAAGCCGGUGAGUUUAGAGGUGACCCCGGGCGGCAUCGACCAGAUCGACCCGCACACCAAUCGUGUCGUGUGUUCCUACGACUACCGAAACGUGGAGGGAUUCGUCGAGGUCUCUGAUUACCAGGGAGGAUUCUGCAUCCUUUCAGGGGGCUUCGGCAGGCUGCACCUGUUUGCCUCGGAGCACCGGGAUGACAUCAUCCGUAGCGCCAUAGAGCACGCUGGGAACUAUAUCGGUAUCACGCUGCGGCUGAGGAAGGAGGCGUUGACCUUUGAGGAUUUUGUGACGGACCGGCUGGGGAAGUACAGCUCGGACGAGAGCAUCACUUCACUGGCUGAGUUCGUGGUGCAGAAGAUCACCCCUCGACACGCGGAGCCUGUCAAGCGCAUUCUGGCCCUGACAGAGACUUGUCUAGUGGAGAGAGACCCUGCUUCAUACAACAUAGUCACCAUCAAACCCUUCGGAGAGGUAUUCGCCCUCAUCUGUGACGUAGACAACCCUCAGGUGUUUACAGUUGAAUUCAUCCGAGGUCAAAUCAGAAAGUUUUCCUCCACAGAAAGGGACUCCCUGUUGGCCAGCCUGCUCGAUGGCGUCCGGGCAUCAGGCAACAGGGACGUGUGCGUCAAAAUGGCCCCCACACAGCGAGGGCAGAGAUGGGGCCUACUGAGCAUGCCCGUGGACGAGGAGGUGGAGAGUUUGCACCUCAAAUUCCUGGCAGCACCUCCUAAUGGAAACUUUGCAGACGCGGUGUUCAGAUUCAACGCGAACAUCUCCUACAGCGGCGUGCUGCACGCUGUAACCCAAGACGGCCUCUUCUCUGAGAACAAAGAGAAGCUCAUCAACAAUGCCAUCCUGGCUCUUCUGUCCCAGGAGCUCGAGCUGCCGGCCCUGAACGCCGAGCUGGAGAGCCAUUUCCAGGCCAUCCGACGCUUGGUGGCCUCCAAGGCCGGCUUCCAAGCCUUUACCCAGCUGCCGAAGUCUGGUCAAGGGUCUGGAGUCACAGAUGCAACGUUCAGGGAGAAGUUAGGCGUGAAGACAGUCAAAGCUUUAAAAAGGAACAACAACAGUGUGACACAUGCCGCUGUGGACAUGCUCUGUGCUCUUAUGUGUCCGAUGCACGAUGAUUAUGACCUGCGGCAGGAGCAGCUGAACAAAGCCUCUCUGCUGUCCUCCAAGAAGUUCCUGGAGAACCUCCUUGAAAAAUUCAUCACUAAUGUGGACCACGGAACAGGAGCUCUGGUCAUCAGCUCCUUACUGGACUUCUUGACGUUUGCACUCUGCGCCCCCUACAGUGAAACCACCGAGGGGCAACAGUUUGACAUGCUGCUGGAGAUGGUUGCCUGUGAUGGGCGCACCUUGUUCAAACUCUUCCAGCAUCCCUCAAUGGCGAUAGUGAAGGGGGCAGGCUUGGUGAUGAAGGCCAUCAUUGAGGAAGGAGACAAGGAAAUAGCCACCAAGAUGCAGGACCUGGCCUUGAGUGAAGGGGCUCUUCCGCGGCAUCUGCAUACUUCUCUGUUCACGAUCAGCGCUGACCAGCGGAUGCUUACCAACAGGCAGCUGAGUCGUCACCUGGUGGGACUCUGGACGGCGGAAAACCCGGUUGCCAUGAACCUUCUGAAAAGGAUACUGCCAACAGGCCUGCUGGCUUACCUGGACAGCCCCGAUCCAGUCCCUGAGAAAGAUAUGGAUCGAAUGCACAUCCGCGACAACUUGAAACUUGCCCAGGACCAGCUAAAUCGAACCAAGGUGCCCGAAUGGCAGCGGAUAGCCGGCAAAGCAGCCAAAGAGGUGGAGAAGUUUGCCAAGGAGAAGACCGAUAUCGUGUUGAUGCACUGGAGGGAUAAAAUGGGCAUAGCCCAGAAGGAGCAGGACAGAAAUAACCUGAAUCCGAAUCAAAAGCCUGUCAUCCUACGGAAGAGACGGCAGAGAAUAAAGAUUGAAGUCAACUGGGAACUUUUCUACUACAGAUUCCAGCUGGACCACGCACGGUCCAACCUCAUCUGGAACCUGAGGACGAGGGAGGAGCUGCGAGACGCUCUGGAGGGGGAGAUGCGCGCCUUCAGCGUCGACCGCGAGCUCGGCAGUGCCACCGUCAUCUCCUGGAACCACCAAGAGUUUGAGGUGAAAUAUGAGUGCCUUUCCGAUGAGAUAAAGAUUGGGGAUUAUUACCUGCGUCUGCUGCUUGAGGAAGAUGAAAAUGACGAAUCGAAUGCCAUCAAGAGAUCAUAUGAGUUCUUCAAUGAACUCUACCAUCGCUUUCUGCUUACACCCAAAGUCUCGAUGAAGUGCCUGUGCCUGCAGGCGCUCGCUAUAGUCUACGGGAAGUGCUACGAGGAGAUUGGCCCCUUCACAGACACAAAAUACAUCGUGGGCAUGCUGGACCGAUGUACAGACAAACUAGAAAGAGACAGACUCAUCAUCUUUCUCAACAAACUCAUUCUGAACAAGAAAAAUGUGAAGGAUGUGAUGGACUCGAAUGGAGUCCGUAUAUUGGUGGAUCUGCUCACUAUGGCUCAUCUGCACACCAACAGAGCUACUGUGCCCCUGCAGAGCAACGUGCUGGAGGCCUCCCCAGACAUGAAGAGGGAGAGCGAGAAAGAGUGGUACUUUGGUAACGCAGACAAAGAAAGAAGAGGACCUUUCAGUUAUGAGGAGAUGCAGGAAUUUUGGAGCACAGGUGUCCUGACUGCAAAGACACGCUGCUGGGCUCAGGGGAUGGAUGGCUGGCGCCCCCUGCAGGCCAUUCCCCAGCUAAAAUGGUGCCUCCUGGCCACUGGACAGGCAGUGAUGAACGAGUCCGACCUGGCUACACUAAUCCUUAACAUGCUCAUCACCAUGUGCUCCUAUUACCCCAGCAGGGACCAAGACAAUGCCAUUAUCCGUCCUUUACCUAAAAUCAAGAGGAUGAUCAGCGACAAUGCUUGCCUCCCUCACAUUGUCCAGCUGCUGCUGACCUUUGACCCCAUACUGGUGGAAAAGGUGGCUAACGUUCUGUAUCUGGUGAUGCAGGACAAUCCUAAUUUGCAGCGCCUCUAUUUAACUGGGAUCUUCUUCUUCAUUAUGAUGUACACAGGCUCCAACGUGCUUCCUGUAGCAAGGUUCCUGAAGUACACACAUCUGAAACAAGCCUUCAAAUCAGAGGAGUCUAAAGGUCAGGACAUAGUGCAGCGUAGUGUUCUGGGACCGGUGCUGCCUGAAGCCAUGGUGUGUUAUCUGGAGAACUACGAGGCUGAGCGCUUCUCGGAAAUAUUCCUCGGAGAAUUUGACACGCCGGAGGCCAUUUGGAGCAGCGAGAUGAGGCGGAUGAUGAUCGAGAAGAUUGCCGCCCACAUCGCUGACUUCAGCCCCAGGCUGCAGAGCAACACGCGGGCCCUCUACCAGUACUGCCCCAUCCCCGUGGUCAGCUUCCCUCAGCUGGACAACGAGCUCUUCUGCAACAUCUACUACCUCAGACAUCUAUGUGACACCAUCCGCUUCCCCAACUGGCCCAUUCGAGACGCUGUGAAGCUGCUAAAAGACACCCUUGAAGCCUGGAAGAGGGAGGUGGAGAAAAAGCCUCCCUCCAUGUCCGUAGAUGAUGCAUACGAAGUCCUCAACCUCCCCAAAGGACAGGGGCAGCACGAGGAGAGUAAAAUCAGGAAAGCUUACUUCAGACUGGCGCAAAAGUACCAUCCAGACAAGAACCCAGAGGGCAGGGACAUGUUCGAGAAAGUCAAUAAAGCCUACGAGUUCCUUUGUACAAAGUCUGCCCGAAUCCUGGACGGCCCGGAUCCAGAGAACAUCAUCCUCAUCCUCAAAGCACAGAGCAUCCUGUUCAACCGACACAAAGAAGAACUGGGACCGUACAAAUAUGCGGGGUACCCAAUGCUCAUCAAGACCAUCACAAUGGAAACCGAGGAUGAGCUCCUCUUCUCCAAAACCUCCCCUCUCCUCCCUGCUGCCGCUGAGCUCGCCUUCCACACCGUCAACUGCUCGGCUCUCAAUGCAGAGGAGCUGCGCCGCGACAACGGCAUCGAGGUGCUGCUGGAGGCUCUUUCUCGGUGUGUUGCUGUUUUAACUGCAUCCAGCAAACCUGAUGACAUGGCUGUGCAGGUGUGCGGGCACGUCUGUAAGUGCUACAGUGUAGCAGCCCAGUUUGAGGAAUGCAGGGAAAAGAUCAUCGAACUUCCCAGCAUCAUCAGAGACCUUUGUCACAUCUUGUUCUACGGAAAGGGUCUCCCAAAAACAGCCACCCUGGCAGUGCAGUGCGUGAGCUCCUUCGCCGUGGAUUUUUUCCUACAGACCCAUCUGUACCACGCUGGUGUCCUCUGGCACCUGCUGGUCCACCUCUUCAACUACGACUACACUCUGGAGGAGAGCGGCGUGCAGGCCAGCCAGGACACAAACCAGCAGGAGGUGGCAAACAGCCUGGCCAAGCUCAGCCUGCUCGCUCUCAGCCGUCUGGGAGGCUACGCCCAGACACCACCUGCGCCAGACGGCAACAAUCCUGUGUCAGAGACCAACGGCAUUGAGGGCACGCCUCCGGAGAACCCCACCAUCCGCAAGAGCUUAGCGGCCAUGCUGACGCCUUACAUCUCCCGGAAGCUGGGAACAGGAUCCCCUGCUGUGGUCUUGAAGCUGCUGAAUAGCAACUCUGAGAACCCCUACUUGAUCUGGAACAAUGGAACCAGAGCCGAGCUGCUCGAGUUCCUGGAGGGUCAACAGGAGGGAAACAUCAAGAGGGGGGAGAAUGAUAAAAGCUUCGGUGCCGAGUUUUUGUUCACUGAUCACAGCAAAGAGCUGAUAGUUGGGGAGAUCUUUGUGCGGGUCUACAAUGAGCAACCGACUUUUCCUCUUGAGUACCCCAAAGCCUUUGCAGCAAGUCUUCUGGACUACGUAGGCUCCCAGGCCCAGUACCUGCACACUCUGCUGGCCAUGAGUCAGAGUAACAAAGUAGAGUCCCAGCAGCACGCCGAGAGGCUCCGCUACGCUGAGAUGUCUUUAGAGGCUCUCCGCAAUGUCAUCAGGAACAACCCCGGUUCGGAGUCCGAGUGUAUCGGCCAUUUCAAACUGCUCUUUUCUCUGUUGCGGGUUCACGGAGCUGGCAGAGUACAGCAGCUAGUUUUGGAGGUUGUAAAUACAGUGACGUCAAACCAAGAAUGCGUGAGCAACAUUUCUGAGUCGCUGGUGUUGUCCAACCUUCUGUUGCUGCUGCACUCACUCCCCUCAAGCAGGCAAAUGGUGCUGGAAACCUUGUAUGCACUGACUUCUAACACUAAGAUUGUGAAAGAGGCUAUGGCGAAAGGUGCUCUGAUCUACUUACUAGACCUCUUCUGUAACUGCACACAUCCCCAAGUUCGCACGCAGACCGCUGAGCUCUUCUCCAAGAUGACCUCAGACAAGCUGGUCGGGCCAAAGGUGCGUCUAACGCUAAUCCGUUUCCUUCCUGGCGUCUUCAUGGACGCCAUGAGAGACAACGCGGAAGCAGCCGUGCACAUAUUCGAGGGAACGCACGAGAACCCUGAGCUCAUCUGGAAUGACAGCUCCAGGGAGACGGUGUCCACUACUGUCCGGGAGAUGAUGCUUGAGCACUUUAAGCAGCAGAAGGAUAAUCCUGAUGUGAACUGGAAAUUGCCGGAGGACUUCACGGUGGCUUAUGGAGCAGGACAGGGCGAACUAGAAGUCGGUGGCGUCUUCUUGCGCAUCUUUAUUGCUCAGCCAGGAUGGGUGCUUCGAAAGCCGCGAGAGUUCUUGGUCUCUCUUCUAGAGACCCUGACGGAGCUGCUGGAGAAAAACAACCCCAAUGGUGAGGCCCUGGAGACGGUCUGCACGGCGGCGGUCUGCCUGUUCAGCUCACAGAGCCAGCUGGCCGACCAGGUCCCUCCUCUGGGUCACCUGCCUCGUGUCCUGGCAGCACUCAACCACAAGAACAACGCAGUGCCCAAGAGCGCCAUCCGGCUCAUCCACGUGCUGUCAGACAACGAGCUGUGCGUGCGCUCCAUGUCUGCUCUGGAGACUAUCGGCCCCCUCAUGACUGGGAUGAGAUCUCGCGCCGACAUGGCCGGGUUGGCUUGUGAAGCUCUCAACCGCAUGUUCCAGAAAGAGCAGACGGAACUAGUGGCCCAGGCUCUCAGAGUGGAGCUGGUCCCGUAUCUCCUGAAGCUGUUAGAAGGAAUCGGCCUGGAGACAUUAGACAACCCUUCAGCUACUAAAGCCCAGAUCGUAAAGGCUCUCAAGUCCAUGACUCGCAGUCUGCAGUACGGAGAGCAGGUUAAUGAGAUUCUUGCAAAGUCUUCAGUGUGGAGUGCCUUCAAAGACCAGAAACACGACCUCUUCAUCUCCGAGUCUCAGACCGCAGGUUACCUGACAGGGGUAUCCACUCCUUCUCUCCUGGCUGCCAGUAGCCCACUGCGAGGAGGGCUCUAGACUCCUAAGCUGGGUCCUCCCAGCCCUCCUCUCUCUUGCUCUGAUGCAGGUCCAGGAGUAGCAGGUUACCUUACAGCAGGAGCUGGCACCCCAGUAAUGCCCAACGUCCCACCCCCAGUGGAUAACGACAUUGGAGACCAAGGCUGAUGGACACAAUCAUGGUCACACUCAGGCACCCAGGCUGCCCUGCUGCUCCACGGCUGCAGCUCAGAGAGGGACUGUCCAGCUCCCACACGAGGGGGUGGAGAGAGCGAGAGAGAGAAAGACGGAGGAGAGCGGUCCGUCGUUGACAGUCACCAAAAUCUCUGCAACACCUCCUCCAGUGUCCCCCUCCUCUCCCCUUACAAAUGCCACUCAAGUCUUCACAAACACUUUGAAAUUGUUUUAACGGAUGACCACAUUUGUUUUGUUUCUGUGCUGCUCUUCUUGUUUCUUCCAUUGACAAAAGAGUUGCCUUUUUUGUAUGAAAUAUAUUUUUUACUCUAGAUUGUUUUUUUUUUUCAUGAGAAAGACAUUUCAAUACUGAGGGGUGUUUAUAAGUUAACUGUCUCUUCUCUAUUAUCGUAUUCCUCUUUGUCAUAUCCUAAUUGACUACACUUCUUUCCAAAUCCUGAACAGAGGGUACUUGGCCAUGUUUGUGACACGUUAGUGCACAGGACCUAUCCACCUUUUACAUAAACAUGCCAUUUAUUAAUCUGUGUAAUGGAUUAUCGUAUGGAAGAAAAGUGUACAAGAAGGAAAUUGGAAAAUGUGUGUAAGAUUUGGCUGCCUUGAUUCUUCACAAGAAAAUAUCUUUUGAACCAUCAGAGUGAUGGUGAGCUCUGGUCAUGUCGAGUUCCAUCCAUUCGUUCCAGGUUGACUGAUCUGAUCUCCAAAUGUCUAUCCCCCUUUCCUCUGAUCCUAGUUCCUUCUGCUCCUAGAAGGCGAUCAUCUCUGACUCUCAAUUUUUAAAGUGAUUCUCCUUCCCCCAGAAUGCAAAAAGCACUAGAAUAUUUAUACGUGAACAAUAACCAACGAUAAUGAGCUUCUGCUAAGACAUGAUGAAUGACGUUGACUGCUUUAUGAAUCUAUGUGAAAGACAGUGCAAUUUGUGAAAUGUUCAAUGUAAUAUUGCGUAUAUAAAAUUUCUAUGAUAAAUGUACAUUAAAAAAAAAAAAAAUCAGUUGCACUUGUACAUAAAAUUUUAAGAAUAAAAGGGAACCCAUAGUG